CAUUGUUCGUGUACAGUAGUAGGAAGCUUGGUCGAAGCAUACCACUGAAUUGCAAGAGGCUUGUUUCCGUCUAGGCAAGCUCGACCGCAGGCCUGAAGAAGACUUUGAUCUUCGUGGAUAGCUGGGAAAGGGCACUGAACAAUCUUUGCUACCACACAUCUGUACCUUCAUCAUGCCUCCCAUCUACGUCAAACCCGACAAUGCGCUCAAGCGCUCAGAGGAGCUGCUGGCUCUCGGAACCUCCCAGUCUCAGAACCAAGCCUUCGAGAACUUGUGGGAGGUCUUCCAAUCACGGCGAUUCAAGCACACCUCGGUCAAUGUUCUAGAGCCUAUCAUGUUCAAGUUCAUCGAUCUUUGUGUCGCUCUGUCGCGCAAGUCUCACGCUCGUCUAGGUCUCUUGACUUUCAAGAAUGCCACACAGACCACGGCCGUUGGAUCAAUCGAAAAUGUCUUGAACCACUUUAUCGAGGCUGCAGAAGCUCGACUAGCUUCAGCCGUCGAGCAGGCGAGAAAGGAGGUCGAGGCUCUGCCAGAGAACCCAGUCGUCGACGAUGAACUCCCUCUUCAACCCAACGCCAUGCUUUACGACUCGUUCAUCGACCUCGCCGGAGACCGAGACAGGAUUGAGAGACGUCUGAUUGCCCCGGCGCAGCGUUUCUGCUGGGAUGCAUACGACAUUUGCUUGGACAUUGCAAAGGGAAACGACAGACUGGAAGUCAUCUAUCAGUCUAUCGCCCACCGUGCCUUCAACUUUUGCAAGAUCCACGAGCGUAAAUCCGACUUCAGACGUCUGUGUGAGCAGAGACUGAGGAAAGACUUGGUCAACGCAUCCAAGUACGGCCACCAACAGCACUCUGUCAACUUGCAGGAUCCUGACACUCUCGCCCGUCACCUCGAUACCCGUUUCCUCCAGCUCGAAACUGCAGUCGAACUCGAAUUAUGGCAGGAAGCCUUCAGGACGGUUGAAGAUGUUCACACUCUGGUCGCCGGCAAGAAGACCGCAAAACCCGCCAUGAUGGCCAACUACUACGAGAAGCUCACUCAAAUCUUCCGUGCUGAGGGUGGCAAGCAGACUGCCGUAUUCCACGCCUCGGCUUGGGCCAGAUACAUCCAAUUUGCCGAGAGGGCUGGUCAAGUUCCCGAGAAGGCUCCUGGAUGCGUACUGCUCAGCGCUUUGGCUGUUCCGUUGGGUCAAGUGGAGACGAAGCAGAGGCUCAUUGCUCUGUUGAACUUGCCCAAGAUGCCAACCCGUGACGCUUUGGUGAAGGACGCUGCAGCCAAGCAUCUCAAGCGAGUCCCUCAGCCGAUCCGCCAACUCUAUCUCAUUCUCGAGGUCGACUUUCAACCCUUGAACGCUGCUCAGACUCUCGCCCCUAUUGUCUCUGCCCUUCCUGCCGACUACCAACCCUACUUGCCCGCUCUUCGUGAAGUUGUACUUUCACGAUUGGUUCAAGAACUCUCUCAAGUCUAUGACACGAUUUCGCUUUCCCAUUUGUUUGACCUUGUCAAGCCUUUCAAUGGUACUCCAUGGGAGACGGACAUGGCUGCUUUGGAGAAGUUCCUCAUGAAUGCUUGCCGACGGGGUGACAUCAACGCCACGAUUGAUCACAUUGCAAAGACCCUCACUUUCAUCUCUGGACCUACCGAUCUCGAUCGCCUCUCCGCCCUCGCCGUCUGCCUCCAUAACACUCUGCAAUUCUUACAACCCAAAACUGUGGACACCAGAGCCGAGGUAUUCGCCAAGGCCAUCGCUCUGGCCGAGGAAGAGCGAAAGGCUAUCGCGCAUCGGCGGCAAAUCGUUACCAAGCGACGUGAGCUCAUGGUCGAGGCCAGCAUUCGCCGCGAAAGAGAAGAGUCCACCGCCAAGGCCGAGCGAGCCAAAGUCCUCGCCGAGGAGAAUGCUCGCAGGGAGAAGGAGCUCGCCAGACAGGCAGAAGUGGACCGACUUCAGCGACAAAUGGAAGCUACCCGUAGAGAAGAGGCGCAAAAGCUGGCAGAGACUUUGGCUGCGAAAGGCGAUCUCAAAGUGGACAUUUCUCAGAUCAAGGAGCUUGACUCAGCCAAACUCGUGGCCAUGCAGGUGGAGCAGCUGGCCAAGGAGAAGCGAGAGAUGGACGAGCGAUUGAGAAUUGUCGGCAAGCGUGUGGAUUACCUAGAGCGAGCUAUGCGAAAGGAGGAGCGACAGCUUAUGCCCGAGGAUUACGAACGUCAGAAGGCUCAAGACCGAGCGGAUCACGACGAGGCCAAUGCUCGUGCUCGUGAACAAGCCAUCGCUCAGCAGAAAGCAUCUAUCGAGCUCAAGACUCGUCUGGGUAGAAUGAUGCCCGACUAUCUCGUUGCCAGGGCUGCUGUGGCAAGUCAACAGGAACAGGAAUUUCAGCGUGCAAGGACCGCGGCACAGAAGAAGAUUGAAUCAGAAAAGGCCAAGUUCAAGGCCAGCGUCUUGGCUCGCAGAAAGGAGGAGAAGGAUGAGCGGGAGAGAAAGCGAGCGGAAGAGGAGAGAGCCGAGCGAGAAGAGCAAGAACGUGCCGCUGAGGAGGCUCGUCUCGCUCAAGAACGUGAAGCUGAAGAGGCUAAGGCCCGUGCCGAGCAAGAGGCCGCCAAAGCAGAAGCAGCAGAAAAGGCAGCCAAAAUCAGGGCAGAGCGAGAAGCUGAGAGAGCGAAAGCAGACGAGCAGGCUCGGAGACAAAGAGAGAGAGAAGCCGAGGCCGAGGCUCGUCGCGCAGCCAGGACAAGCGGAGGCGGAAUCACCCGCCAACCACCAUCUUCCACCUCGACGCCGACCGCGAAUGGAUCGCCGAGUCGACCUUCGUUCGUCGCUGGAGGCGGUGCUUGGAGAGCUCGUGAGGCUGCCAAAGUUGGAGGACAGAUUCCCGAGGCUGCUGCUCGAUCAUCGCCCGCCACUGCCGACUCUGCCAGUGCGAAUGGUCCUCAAACGCCUACUGAGCCAGCAUCUGGUGCAUGGAGGCCAAGUAGGGGGAGAGGAGGUGCAACACCGUCAUCUACUCGUGGAGGUACACCAACUGGACGAGGAGGCGGAGGAGGUGGAGGUAGAUGGUAGAUUGUUUGUUCAUGACCCCAUAAUCGUGUACAUGAUGCAUACUACCCCGUUCGAUCACGCGUCAUUCGGUUUC